GAAUGUUUACAUAUCCGCCAUUGACACCGCUUUAUUGAAACCGAAACCGAAACAAGGACAAUAAAGUUGAAAAAGAAUGACUGAGGGAGGCCAUCUCAAAUCGUUAAAAGACAGUUCUGAUGCUGACUUUGAGUUUAGUUGUACACCUUGUGGAGAAGAUGAUAUCAGAGAAGAAGCUUUUAAAUACUGCCCUGAAUCCCAGGAAUACUUGUGCACAACAUGCACUAGACAUCACAGUCGACAAAGAGCUACACGGUCUCAUAAACUACUGAACAAAGAUGAAGCUAAAACCGAUUCUGUGGACGCUAAUGCUAAAUGCCGCUACCAUUCAGACCGUGACAUCGAGAUGUACUGUGGUACGCAUGACAUGGUUUACUGUACUACAUGUAUAGCCACUGAACACAGGUCUUGUGUUGGUGUGACAAGAAUAGAAGACAAAACAAAAUCUGGAGUUCAACAUACCGUUAUAAAAUCCGUAUUAGAAGAAAUUAAUAAUGUUCAGAAACGUAUAAGGGCAUUGAAUAUGAAAAAACAGAACAAUCUCGAUUGUCUUGAAAAGCAAAGAAAUUCAAUACAAGAAAAGAUUGUUGAAGUCACAACAAGCCUCAUUGACCACAUCAAACAAUUAGAAAGGAAAAUGACAAAUAAUUUGGCUAAUGAUUAUGCUAAGAUGAAAAGAGAUCUCGAGUCCGAACUCAACGUCGCAACUCAUAUGAUACGAGACUUAGACAAAACGUCAGAACUGCUGCAGAGAGUUUCCAGUAUGGACGCAGGACAACAGUUCGUUCAGAUGACACUGAUGAAGAAAACCAUAAAAGAUGCUUGCACGUUACAUACUAACAGUGAGUCAAAUGCAACAACUUCACUCCAUUUUACCGAAAACAAAGACUUAAUAACUUCCGUGAUGACAGCAACUACUUUAGGAAAAGUGUGCACAGAGGCUGAAGACAGGAAAACAUCUAAUCCUGAACAGUACAAAAUGAAAUCGAAGAAAGAGAUCAACGUGAAAAUGGCAAAUGACAAGAAUGUAUGUACAAUAAGUGAUGUUUGUCUGCUACCAGACGGUAUGAUUGUGUUGACUGACCAAGGAAAUAACAAGGUAAAAAGGCUGGACGUUUACUAUAAUCUGAAGGACCAUUGUGAUCUGGAUGCUAUCCCUUCUGGCAUAUGUUGUAUCAAUAAAAAUGAGAUAGCUGUGAAAAUGAACAAUAACAAUAUUCAGUUUAUAUCUGUUGCGUCUUCUCUGCUUAAAACGAGACGCAUUUCAAUAGAGUGUGGGGGCUACUGGGGAAUGGCAUAUUGUGAUGGAGGUCUUUGGACAUCUAAAUGCGGUGGUGUUAACGUUUACAACACUACAGAAGGACUAAUUAAAACUAUUGACAAAAAUCAGAACGGUAAAGCGAUAUUUAAAACUCUCUCUGUUCAGCAUAUGGCUGUAAGUUGUGAUACAAUGAUCGUAACUGAUUGCAGUGAUGGCGCUGUCUGUCUAAACACGGACGAAACAGUAGAGAGGGAACUGCGAGAUAGUCGGCUGGGCAGAACCUGCGGAGUCUGUGUAUCAGUUGAUGGAACCGUGUUUCUUUCCGCGUAUUCCUCUAACAAUAUCAUAAUGUUCAGCAGUGAUGGAAAAUGUCUUGGGGAGCUGGUAGCCGGCUUGAAUAAUCCGAUAAGUCUGUGCUAUGACAAGAACAAAAAUUGCGUGAUAGCAACAUGCCAAUCAUCUGACAGCAUUCAUGUUAUUGAACUAAGUCAAUAAAAAUCUACGACCUAGAAGAAAUGGAAUAGAAGUAAAAUCAAGAGAUGUAUGUAAGCAACGGUUUCGUUGCUCCAAUUUGCACGUAUCGUGGAGACACGUAUUUUUAAAUAUCCAGUUCCUGAAAGUUGCAUAUAUUUCUGCCAUCGUCUAUAGUUUAGAAGCAUACACAAAUAACUAAAAAACAUUACAUCAAUAUAGGCUUGUACUUUUAAGGUGGUGUAAACGAAAAAAAGCCUAAGGGAAAACAACAGGACAAAAAGCAGAAAACUAGCGAAAACGUACAACCUGUGUUUAAACUGCAAACAUAUUAAUCUUUCUUCGAUUUUAGAUACAGGUUUGUACCUGAAACACGUCAGAUGAAAAAUUUUGAUAAGAAUUAUGUGUAGAAUAUUGCAUAAACCCUUUGACAUUCCCUUUAUAAAAAGACAGCAACUUUCAAGAAGCUAAGGUUGAGUGUGUCGUGACUGACUUACGGCUUAAUUCAUUCAUAACACGCAAAAUAUUUUAAUUAAGACUUUGAAUGCAAAAGCCGUUUCUAUCCGCAAAGACUGAAAUCAUGCCGGCUUCUUAAUCAGUGAAAUGUAAGCUGACAAUAUUUGACAAGAAGAUUGCCGGAAUACUAGAACCGGUUACUUAUGUGCAGAGGAUAAUGUAGCAAUUACAUUGAUGCUUCGAAUUACUUGAACAAUUAUAUUUCUUUCUGUUCGCUAAAGUUCUAACAACCCUGUUUGUAAAUAUAUUACUUAUUUUGAAAAACCCAAAUAACAGUUUUAACUAUUUUCUAUAUCACUUGGAAUUAUCAGAUGAAUUGUUGCAAUUUUAACGUUUAAAAGAAAUACGAAUUAUUGUCUGAAAACAGCUUUCGUGAAAAAAAGCUUUAGCACCAGUUUCUUCACGGUUAUAUUUAUACGCUGUUUUGACGACGUCCGCGUAUAGUCAAUGAGAACGUUCCGUGAUGAUGUCGUAGUUGUUCCGCCUUUUCAACAGAAUGGCCGGAAAACUGAUUUAAAUGUUAAAUGUAACAAAAUGUGUACACUUUAUAAUAUAACCUUCUUUAUAAAUGGAAAAUAAAUAUAUUGUAAAUAUAAGAAAUGAAUUAAUUACUUUCGGAUCUCAUGCAAAAUGAAGGACAGAAUAGGAUCGGCAAAAUAAACAUUUGUCAUAUCAUUGCUUAAAAUUUCAUAGUUUUUUUUUUCAUCCGUAUGUUCAUGGAAUUGUGUGUUACAGACAUUUAUAUACGUAAAGGGUCUUGUCAUGUAUUAUCUAUUAUUACUAUUACCACGUUCGUUUCAAGCACUUAAAACGUUCAAAAAUGCUUAGCAUCCAUUCAUCUAUAUUCGAUUUAUUUUGUAAAUUGUGUUAUAUCCAAGAUAAAGAUUGCAAUGCUGAACAUUGAGAUUGCUGCAAU